CUGGUCCAGUGCUGGCUGGACAUAGAGACAAGCUCUGCUUGUUCCCAUUGCCCAAGAUGAGAAUUCACCUGCUUUGGUUGUUGCCCCUGAUCCUGCUGGGAUCCUCGGCCCAGGCGCUGCAGUGUCAUGAGUGCAACACUGGAGAGAACUGCUACAAGCCUACAUCUUGCCCCAGCAAAAGCCGCUACUGCUUGAUCAACUGGCAUACACCACCAGGCCAGCAACCAACCAUAACAAAAGCAUGUGCAUAUACCUGCCCUGACAGUCAACAGGCCCUAGACAACUCCAAGUCCUUCUGUUGCAACACAGACCUCUGCAACAGUGGCAGGAGCCUCCAUGUCAACUGGGGACUGCUGACCCUCGGUAUCCUGUAUAUCUAUCUCAGCCAGUAGGUGCACAGCUC